CUGGAAUCUUCCUAGGCUGGGCCCCUGUGGGACAUUUAACUCUUUGUUCCUCCCUGGAGAAAAAAAACAACGCCCAGCACUAUUUUGGGUGGUGUAGACCCCGCCCCCACUCCAGCUGAGCCCUGCCUGGCUCCCCGGGCCAGCUUGGAGGGGCGACAUCAGACUCCAGGGGCCACUACCACCACUGCAGCCAUGUCGGGCCGUUCGGUGCCACACGCCCACCCUGCCACCGCCGAGUAUGAAUUUGCCAACCCCAGCCACCUAGGCGAGCAGCGCUUUGGAGAAGGCCUUCUACCAGAAGACAUCCUGACCCCUACUCUCUACCAUGGCUACUAUGUCCGGCCUCGAGCCACCCAAGCUAGAGAGGGAAGCAGGGCAGGGGCUUCUGAGCUUAGACUCAGCGAGGGCAAGUUCCAGGCCUUUCUGGAUGUAAGCCACUUCACCCCGGAUGAGGUGACCGUAAGGACUGUGGAUAACCUCCUGGAGGUGUCUGCCCGGCAUCCCCAGCGCCUAGACCGCCACGGCUUCAUCUCCAGAGAGUUCUGCCGCACCUAUGUCCUGCCUGCUGACGUGGACCCCUGGAGGGUCCGAGCUGCCCUCUCCCAUGAUGGCAUCCUCAAUCUGGAGGCCCCUCGAGGAGGCCGACAUUUGGACACAGAGGUUAAUGAGGUCUACAUCUCCCUGCUGCCAGCGCCUCCUGACCCUGAGGAAGAAGAGGAGGUAGCCCGAGUUGAGCCCUGACUGCCACAGACCCAGCACCCAGAGAAAUCCCUUUCUACCUCCAGCUGGGAUUUCCAGCAGCUGCCCACCACCCCCAGAGGUAGCAGGCAUCCUUACAGGGCAGGGGAGGGGCAGGGGAGGGAGGGAAAGGCACCCAGUCCACAAUGUUUGGUUUGAUCUCUUG